CGGUCGUAAUGGAUCCGACGUGCAACUUCGAAAGCGUUUGUAGUGUUUCACCUCCUGCCGUGUCCCAUAUUUGAGAAGAGAAAAAUUGGUUGCAGAUUCCGAUAGUGUCACUAGAUGUUAGCUAGAGGAUAGAGCAUACGCUCCACUGGAUUCACUGAACAACCAAAUGUCACAAAAAUAUGAGAAUGAAUAUGCCAUGAACGUCUUAAAAAGUGAUUAGUCAGUAACCUAACCCAGUUGAAGCAUCACACUAAUCACGUGAUUUAUCGACGAAUGGGGUCAAUUUCGAAUACCUACCACAGGAUGCCGAGAACGAAAAAUUUGAUUGCAACCAAUGCAGUUUUGCCAACCCCGGUCGGGAUUGACUUUCAUGCUGCCCGGCUGUCCGUUAUAAAUGAGAACACUAUAACUAUAUUGCCCUCCACCCUCCGUCACCAAAAGAAACGACUUCCUCAAUCGUCAGCGAGUGCACCCUCAACGAUGGAACCCUCGAGCCAAACAAAGGAAGUCCUAGAUCAAGUACGUACUCUUGCGACAUGGUUAAACGACGUCUUGGAUGAAGAUUAUUGGCGGCCGUAUCGUGCAAAUGUCGAUGUUGAACAAUGCAGUCAUCCGGACCGGGUAAAUAAGAUCAGACCUCUGAUUAGUACCGGAAAUAUUGAAGUAAGUCGUGACAUUUCCGUUUUGCUUGCUGUGAUUCUAAGUGCUUUCUCUCCAGGUCAAAGGACGAAUGGCUUUUCUAAUCAGAUUUCGUGGACCCUGCAACAAAUAUCUCGAACCAACAUCGCACGAAACCUUCCCAGGGGAAUUGUUGACGUUAUACCACGGAGACGCACUCUGUCCAACCGCGAAUGGUAAAGCGUUGGCCAUCGGGGAAUGGAUAACAGUGACAGAGCCUCCCAA